AUGUACCCCAAAAAGAUUAAUAGAACCUUACAUGUUGGAAAACAUAUUUAAAAAGAAGAUUCUGUUAAAUCUCUCAUAAUUGAUAAAUUGGUUUAAGAUUAUGGAAGAAAAAAUUAAUUGAAUGUGAAUGUAACUUAUUUAUCAUAAAAUAUUAGUUAAUAAUGGCUUAUGUAGAUGACUUUUUUAUAUGUUAUAAAGCAAGUGAAGGAGCUGUGAGAGCACUUAAAGAAGAAAUUAAGGAAGCCAUCUUAAGACCAGAAAAUGAAAAGUAAUUAAUGAUUUAGAGAUUACAUCAGCGUAUGUCUAGUAUUAUUGAAAAUUAUUGUGAUAGGAAAAUAAAAAGAAGAACAAUUAAAAACAUUGACAAAUCCUAAAGUUAGAGCAUCAUUACCAGAUAAACUUGAAGAUGAAAAGAAUAUAUUUAGAAUGCAAAAUAAAACAGAAAACAAUUCAUAAAUGAAAUUGGCUAACACUCUACCAGCUGAUGUAUUGGAAGAAAGAAGAAAAUCAAUUUAUAAGGUUGAUGGUUCUGUAGAUGAAUGGGCUGCCAUAAUUAAAUAUGAUACAUUAUAAUUUUAGAAAGAAUUAGAAGAACAGAAGAAAUUAUUGUUACUUAAUUAAUAAAAGAUAAAAGAGGAAUUAGAUAGAUAAGUAGCAGAGAAAGAAUAACGAAAAUAAAAAGAAAAGAAGGAUGAAUAAAAUUAUUAUGCUUCAAGUUAACAAUAAUUGAUUGAAUUUGAAAAAUAAUAAGAAUUACUUAAGGAAAAUAAAAAGUAAUAAUUAUUAUAAGAGAAAAUUAUUAGAGAUCAAUAAGUUUAUAUUGAUAAAAGAAAAAAGUAAUUUUAUUAUAUGAGAUAGAAAAGAGUAGAAUUUAAACACUAAAUAAUAAGAGGAAGAAAUGUUAGCCAAAGUAAAAGAAGAAUUGAAAGCAGAAGAUUAAUAGUAGAAACGAAAGAGACUAGAAUAAUAGGAGAAAUUCUAAUUGAUUUUAAAGUAGAAUGAAAAUUUACGGAAGAAAGUAAAGUGUAUUUGAAAAAUAGGCAUAAGAAGAAAUUAUACAAAGCAAAGAACAUGAAAAAUUAUUAUAAGAAUAGUCAGCUAUAAAAGAAUAACUAGAAAAUGAGAAAAAAGAGAAAUUUAAAAAAGAUAAAGAAGAGAAGAUAAAAUAAUUGAUGAAUAAUUAUAGUGAGUUCGUUAUGAAAAAUAAAAAAGAUAAUCGAUAAUAAGAUGAUUCUUAAGGGGAAUUUUGGGCUAAAAAGAAUAGUGAACAUAGUGUUUUCUUAGAUUUUAAAAACAAGACAAAUAAAAAAGAAUAAUAAUUAUAAAUAUCAUAUGAUUUGUAGUAAUAAAUGUUAGAGAAAAAAAGAAGAUAUACUCAAGAAGUAACUGAAAAAAAAUAACUUUUUGAAUAACAACUCUAAGAAUAAAAAGCUUUGAAAAAAUAAGAUGAAGAAAGAAAAAAUGUAUUUAGAUAUAAUUAUAUUUAAUAGAAUAUUCGAUAAAUGUAUAUUUAAAAUGCAGAAGAACUUAAAAAAUAAAUGACUAAAGGCUAUUUGAGUCAAUCUCCUAAAAGAAAAUCAAGUCCCAAUGAAAGAAUGGUGGGAUAUGAAUUACUAUAAAAUAAGAAAUUACUUAAAAAAAUAGCAAAUGAUAAUUCUAUUGGAAUAUCUAUUAAAAAAUAAGAGAUAUCUAUACCUGAAUGA